CGCUGUUUGUUUGAUUCCAUGACCAUGAAUCUUCAAAUCAAAUAAUGAACCAUGGUAUCAUCAUGGAUUCCAAUUCUCUUCCCCUAUAAAAUUUUCGCCGUCUCCUCAGAAUCACACAGCACCCAAAGCGUCCCAAACCCUAACAGCAUUGCCAUUGCCACAACUCACAAGCACACACUUGCUGGUGGACAGCGGAACACCAUGUCGACAUGCACGGGCGACCUGGGUCCGCUGCUGGGCAGCACGGCGAACGCCUCCGUGGCUGCCACCUACAUCUGCAACAAGUUCACGGACACCGCGUCGGCCGUGGACGCGACGUACCUGCUCUUCUCGUCCUACCUCGUCUUCGCCAUGCAGCUGGGGUUCGCCAUGCUCUGCGCGGGCUCCGUCCGCGCCAAGAACUCCGUGAACAUCAUGCUCAUCAACGUCCUCGACGCCGCGGCCGGCGCGCUCUUCUACUACAUCUUCGGCUUCGCCUUCGCGUUCGGGAGCCCGUCCAACGGCUUCAUCGGGAGGCAGUUCUUCGGCCUCAAGCGCAUGCCGCAGACCGGGUUCGGCUACGACUUUUUCCUCUUCCAGUGGGCCUUCGCCAUCGCCACCGCGGGGAUCACGUCCGGCUCCAUCGCCGAGAGGACGCGGUUCAGCGCGUACCUUGUCUACUCCGCCUUCCUUACCGGAUUCGUCUACCCCGUUGUUUCCCACUGGUUCUGGUCCGUCGACGGGUGGGCGUCCGCAAGCCGGACGUCGGGGCCGCUGCUGUUCGGGUCGGGCGUCAUCGACUUCGCUGGCUCCGGCGUCGUCCAUCUUGUUGGCGGCAUUGCUGGUCUCUGGGGAGCCCUCAUCGAGGGACCUCGCAUCGGCCGGUUCGGCCCCAACGCCGGGCCGAUCAGAGGCCACAACACCUCACUCGUUGUCCUCGGCACCUUCCUGUUGUGGUUUGGGUGGUUCGGUUUCAACCCGGGGUCCUUCAUCACCAUCUCCAAGAUCUACGGCCAGUCGGGCACGAUCGACGGACAGUGGGCCGCGGUGGGCCGCACCGCGGUGACCACGUCGCUGGCUGGCAGCGUCGCGGCCUUGACGACCCUCUACGGCAAGAAAUUGAUGACGGGCCACUGGAACGUUACCGACGUCUGUAACGGCCUGCUCGGCGGCUUCGCCGCGAUCACCGCGGGCUGCUCCGUGGUCGACCCGUGGGCGUCGGUGAUCUGCGGGUUCGUGUCGGCGUGGGUGCUCAUCGGGUUCAACGCGCUGGCCGAGAAUCUCGAGUUCGACGAUCCGCUGGAGGCGGCACAGCUGCACGGCGGGUGCGGGAUGUGGGGGAUCCUCUUCACCGCGCUCUUCGCGCGCAGGGAGUACGUCGAGCAGAUCUACGGCGUGCCAGGGCGGCCGUACGGGCUGUUCAUGGGCGGCGGCGGGCGGCUGCUUGCGGCGCACGUCGUGCAGAUACUGUCCAUCGUCGGGUGGGUCACCUGCACCAUGGGACCGCUCUUCUUUGCGCUUCACUGGCUCGGGCUGCUCCGGAUCAGGAGUGAGGACGAGGAGGCCGGCAUGGACGUGACGCGCCACGGUAGGUCCGGGUACGUCUUUCACGACGUGGACGGCGCGUGCCCCUGCCAAGGUGGCCCGCCUGUGGCGGCCUAACUGGCUGGCUCGCGUGGAGCCUAGAGAAAGGCCGGAGAAGGCAACAAUCGGCCAGGCGGUGUAGCCUUCUUAAUUUCCAUGCUGGUCCGCGUCGUCGCCAUGCAUGGUGGUGACUGGUGAAGCUGGCCAAUUGGAGUAGCUAGUACUUGUGCCGACUCAUUUGAGAUUGAAAAGUGUGCAUUUGAGGGGUUUGUAAUUUGUAUGGCCCUUGGUCCCACGCCGUUGUGGGCUUGUCGUUUUCUGUUUUCUA